AUGGCUCCAGUAGCGUCCGCCACUCAGCCCUCGGCACCGCUCGCCGAUUACUUCUGGAUUGCCGGUAUUGACUCUGAUUCCCUGCUGCAAGUCAGGGCAAAUUCCGGAGACAGAGCGUCGAGCAAUGGCGCUCCCGCGCCUCCAGUAGCCUCGACCAUCGCCGAGGAUAGCACGCUUGAAGAAGAGGAACCUCCGUCCCCGCGUGGCCGAGCGAAUGCGUCCAGCGAGUCGCGACGAUCUAUCCAAUCGACCACGUCCCCCGACCCCAAGUUAACUGGCAGCAAUCGGAGCAGCGCAACUAUUAAAGCUCCGCAAUUGGGCGGUUCUGGUCUCAGCGAUGCCGACUUCGACGUCGCCCUGCGAAAGUUUGCGUCAGAGCGUGAAUCCUUUCUGGACGAUUUGUCCUUUAGCGCCGGUACUGUGACGACACCGCGUUCCAAGCCUCGAGCAAAGCCACCUCGAAUCGUCGGCGAGGAUGCGUCCACGCCAAAGAGCGGCGCAGAAAGUAUUAAGCGGCGCAUCUCUUUCAGGGACAUGAACAGCAUGAAGCGCGCACCCUCAAUAGCACGCCAAGCAUCUAUCCGUACAUCAAAGAGACUAAGCAACUACAACUCCGUCAUUCCCACGCCGCAACCUCUAAAUGCCGAUUCCAAUAUGCAUCCCUUGAAGCGUAAAUUUGAACCAGUCCUCCUUGAUCGAUACCCUUCACAUAGCGUCGCAGAUGAAGCGAAGAGGAGAGGACCUUUCCCGGAUUACAUUCCCAUGUUUGCGUUUCCAAACGACAUCAACAUUGUAUCCUCUGAUGAUCGGCCCAGAUCAACGUGGCAUGGUUUUGCUAUGACCUCCGGAGAUAAUUCCAGAAUCUACGGCAUCUGUGUGACUAUAUGGUUGCCUCUAAAGCAAGAGGCAGCUGAAGAACUCGAACGACAAUGCGAAGAAUGGCGACGGGACAACAUGUCAGACGAGGAGAGGGAGCUGGCAAGCAGCCUUGGCGAAAGGCUGGCUGCGGAGCGGGCCAAACUCUCGCGUUUGUUGACCCAGCUGCCAACCGUACCGUCAGGAUCGGCCGCCCGUGAAAGCCUCGAAGAGGAGAUUGGACAGGUGGAGGAGAAAAUUACAUUAAUGACGGAUCUGCUUCGACCAGUCCGACAUGGCGCGGCUUCAAAAAUCGACGGUCUCACCGAUGGAGACUCGGGCUUUUGGAUCCCAAGAGCAUAUGGUGUGCUUGGCCGUGAUGCUAACUUGACGAGUUUCUGGAAAGAAUGGCUCCGAGCCAUUGUAGUGCCAAUGACACAAGGUGCUGUCCUCCGGGUGCCCCCGACUUCUCCCAAAGCAGGCAUGUGGCAGCCCUUGGAGCGAUACGUUGUAAACUUGUGCACAGAGGCAUUGAGCCCAAUGACUUCAAAAACACAAGUAGAGAUUGCUGUCAGAGAAUUACGUCUUUUCGCUCGAAAAGAGGCGGUGAACGAGCUUCCAGGCUCACGAAAUACGGAUCUGUACGCUUUGUUCCGCGCCCUCUCUAUACAGAAUAUCGUAAUUUUGUUCGAGGCUGCACUGUCCGAAUCUCGCAUUAUAUUCCUGUCGUCCCAUACGGCUAUGCUUCACCUCGCCUGCAAAGCACUCACUAGCUUGCUUUACCCUUUAGUUUGGGCAGGCGUCUACAUCCCCAUUCUUCCGGCACGUUUACUUCAAGCGCUGGAGGCACCGUGCCCGUAUAUUGUCGGCAUUGAGCGUCGAUAUGACAACAUCGAGCUGCCCGAUGAUGACUUCCUGAUGGUUGACCUUGAUCACGAUCAAAUCGAAGCAACUGCGCUCCCGCCUCCUCUUCCUCGGCAGCAACGAAGAAAGCUAGUCUCUCUUCUGCAGGUUGCCGCUCCUCACCAUUAUCGAUACGGCGUGCCCACUGGGCCCCCAGCGUAUGCAGUUGAGACAUAUCCUUUUGAUGCGGUGUCGACCGAAAACAGCUCGAUCUAUACGCAAAACCCGGCUCCUAGCAAUCUUAACAAAUAUGUGAGCCAGAGCUCAACCAGCUUUGGCGCUCCCGAGUCGCAGAGUUCUGUUCGACCUCCUAUCUUCAACGCUUUUUUGCAUGCCAGAAACAAUGACUAUGGACGGCCAAGCACAAGCACAACCAUCAAAGGGAGCGCACCCCCUUCUCCAAAGCUCUCACCUACUUCAUCGCAGUUUGCCCAACCUCCUGCGACGGCCAUCUCCAGGACAGAUAGCGGCUAUGGUAUUCAGGCUACACUGCGCGAGAAGCGUUCUGGGCAUUUUGACGUUGCGUCUAGACGGAGCUCUUCGUUUGGUCUCGACAGGAAACCCACAUUGAGACGCCCUAGCAUGCCCUUUGGAGGCCAUGCAGUCAGCCAUUCUACUUCAACGCUCAACGACAAUCAGUCCACUUCGCACUAUGCGCCGUCCACGUAUGCGCCAUCUACUUUGGCUGCCUCGACUGUGAUGCCGAAUAUCCUGAUGCAGCCGGUCCGCAACACUCAGACUCAAACUUGGGUGGAGGGACACUGCUUGAAUUGGAAGCCUCAUGACGAAAGAUCAAUAUGCUCCGUUUGCGAUGAAAGGGCAGAGGAGGGCAUCUACCGAUGCAUGGGGUGCAAUAUGUUUGCCCAUGGACGAUGCUCUCAGCAAAUUUGCAUUGUCUGUCCUGGAGCGUUUUAUCCUGAUCAAGUACGAGCAGCAUUUGUACGAUGUUUCGCGAGUCUCUUUUACACUUAUCGGAAGAGCUUGCACCCGGCCACGGGCGAGCAGCGGAAGAAUGGUCAAAUUUACCAUUUCAACAUGGACGGGUAUCUGAAGAGCAUGCCCCGAGAAAAUGCUGAAUAUUUGGGAAUGUUACUGCAAACUCAGGGAUUCAAUGAGUUCAUUCACGAGCGGGAGUGCAAACGACCAAACGACCCUUCGAUCGUCCUAUUCGACGAGAUCAUUUUGUCCAAGAAAAAUCGCGGCCGCAGCUCUCUUUUCUCCAAAUCAGUGACCAACUUUCUUUGCGAUACAACUGAUCACAUCUGGCGGUCGGCAGCAGCCACUCCUCCCAGUAGUCGUUUUCCAGGCGACUACAGACAAGUUGUCAGCAGAAUACCGGCAAAGCUCGACCCGACCUUGAUGAAGGAGCCUCGUGUUAUCCAGGGUGUUCCGCGAAUCAACAAUACCAAGGCCCGACGAAAACCGAUACCGUCAAUGCUCGGUCCAAGUGGAGACGAGGAUCCUGUCAACUUAUCACAUCUAUCCACGCAUUCACUUCAAAACUCCUUGUCGCCCGCCGCAGCUGCCACGAAUGUUUCGAAGAAGUCAGAUUCAGGACGCCUCGGCUGA